AGGCCAUGCCCUUGGCUCUUGGGUGUCUCCUUCCCAGGCAGCUAAGAAAACAAACCUGACACUGAGCGUGUCCCCUCCAUCACCAGCCCCACGUCCUCCGCAGACGGUCAGUUGGGUCUGAGUGACAGGCAGCUGUGCUUUGCGGGUGUGCAUUCCAGGGAAAGCUAAUGAGGCCCUCUCAGCACAUGAAGGCUCUAGGGCACAGCAAGCCCUUGACCGCAGGUGCCUGAGCGGUCAUCUUUGCUUUUUCCUUUUCUCUGCCUUCCUCUGAAGCUGUCAGAAGGACCAUUCCAGCUCUUGGAAUAAAAAGAAGUCAGAGAAAUAGCAGGAUGUAGGCAGGGUCCAUUGAGAGAAGGAUCCACUCUUACCAGUGCCCUUGUUGAAGGACACUCUGCCAUGUAUCUUCACAACAGGCUUGGCAGGUUGCACUUGGGAGGGUUUUGCCCUGAGAGCUUUAGACCCCCUUCCGUUUGAGAUUUCCCUGCACCAUGGAUGGAUGACCAGGGAUUGGAUUCCCCUGAGCAGAGAUCUCAUGCUGUGCCUGAACCCUGGGACGGGCCCCUGAGGUGGGACAAUGCAAAGCGGUAAGAAAAUAGCGGGCACCAAGGGCAACCAAGGGGCAGGGUGCGCAGAGUCAACAACGCAGCUGCCUCUCGAUCCACUGAGACGCUUUGUGGUGUUCUUGGAAAGUUUUGCGCCGCUUGUGAAUUCUCUGAACCUUGGUGUUGGCAGCCCAUUUCUCUUGGGCCCUCCUCCUUUGCAGCUUGCUCACAUUAAGACACAAUUGGCUCUUCAUCAGUUGAACUCGGUUGCUUCAAACCACUCUAUAGCAUCUUACGCUUUGCUAAAUGAGGCGUUCCUGAAAGUUGCCAUGUUUAACCCUAGAGGAAACAUGCCUCCCAGGCCAAGGGGGCCUAAUGCACCUGGCCCAAUGCCACGUGGGCCUUUUCAGGGGCCAGGACCUGGGCCGGGAGGCCUUCAGAAGCAGCUCCCACCGAGUCCUACUCACAGAAUACCCCAAAGAUUCAUGGGGGCGGAAAUGAGGCCAGCAUUUUCAAGGCCGAACAUUCAGGACAUUCAACACAGGAUGGAUCCUAGACAAGCAGGAGACAGAAUGAACAUGGAGCAGCAACAGAAAGAAGAAGGAUGUGCUCCUCGAUGGGAUGGCUCAUUCUCCUCUGGAAAUAAUAGUCAGAGCCAGCCUGCUGCAGGAAGGAUGGCAGAGCACCCCCCAACCGUUCCUGGCCAUUACACAAAUGAGAGCGCCUCAAGUAUCUUGGCGAGCUUUGGCUUAUCUAAUGAAGACUUGGAAGAACUUAGUCGCUAUCCUGAUGACCAGCUAACACCUGAAAACAUGCCUUUAAUCUUGAGGGACAUCCGCAUGCGCAAAGUGACUUACCAGCUACCUGGUUUACCUUCUCAGAGCAGAGAAAAGGAGAGCAUUCAUGGUGAUGACAGCCGUGGUUCCAUGGUGAAGAGCAAGGUAAUUGAUUACGGGCACGAAAGCAAGUACGGAUAUGCCGAAGGGCCCCUUGAAGUCCGAGACUACAACUCAGAUGUACGAACUGAAGGGAGUGUAAAAGGGUUUCAGACAAUGCAGCCUGCCUCAAUGAUGGCUGCACCCAGAGGUAUAACUAGUAAGCAGUUGAGUGCCGUUGAAGAAGUCAUAAGACAGCUGGGAUUCCAGAGAAGCACACCGACUUCCCAGUCCUUUUUCCCCAUGGAUACCUCCAACACGGUACCUGGAUUAUGCCUCCCUUCAGCUGGAAAGGCGGUGCCCAUGAUGCCACCUGUGGUACCUCCGCCUGUGAUGCCUCCGGUUGUCCAGCACGCUUUGCCUCCUCCAUCUGUUGCUCCACCCAUGAUAUCAACCAUGAACCAGCCACCGCCCCCUUUCGCACCCGAAGUAAUUGGGGAUGUAAACAGGCAUGACAGGAUUCAUCAUGAAUCCAGAGCUGAUCUUCCUAAUGCUCCAUCUGGGUCGAGCAGUGGCCAGAAAACGUUCCAGAAAGAAGAUGACGGUUCUAUCAAGUCUCCUUUCGGUGUGGUGAAAGCCUCUUGGCUUCCAGUUUUCACACAGGCAGAUGCCCAGAAGAUGAAGAGGCUGCCAACACCGUCGAUGAUGAACGACUACUACGCAGCGUCUCCGAGAAUAUUUCCACAUAUGUGUUCUCUCUGUAAUGUAGAAUGUAGACAUUUGAAGGAUUGGAUUCAGCAUCAGAAUUCCUCAGCCCAUAUAGAGAGUUGCCGUCAGCUGCGCCAACAAUAUCCUGACUGGAAUCCAGAGUCUCAUUCUUCAUCCAAAAGAAGGGAAAGCGACAGAAAGGAGAACCAUUCCGUCAGGCGACGUUCCACCAGUUUUAGUCCCGAACGUUCAAGACGCUCAAGUUCUGGCUACAGACAUCAGAGUCGGUCACGAUCCAGGAGCCCCAGGCGUUACAGAACAAAUAGGCCACGCAGUCGAAGUAGGCCACGGAGCCGUAGUCCAAGGCGACUAUCUAGUCCUAGGUAUAGGUCAAGGUCUCCACGGCGACAUUUGACCACCAGCUCACGCUUUCGCAGGUCUUUUAGUCGAGAGAGAGGACCAAGGAGAUCAUCUCGCUCUCCAGAAGAGGCCUUUGAAGCUGUGGUGAAAUGUUUGGGGCCACGUUUUGUUGAACAGUACAAUAAACAGAAAUCAUACCACGCAUCUAGCCGAGAGAGUUUGGGAACAAAGAGAACGCCGGCAGAGCAAGGGAAGCCACCUGGAAGUGUGAAAAAAAGGCUAAGUAGUCCUUCAAAGUCUUCGAAGAAGGAAACUCCAUCUCCUCAUGGUUCAUCAGAUGCUAAAGCAAAGCGUCCAGAAGCUGCUGGUGGGUCAAACAAAGGAGGACGAGCAGCCGAGGGGAAAGAGAAGAAGAAAGCUGUGGAAGCACCAGCAGUGGAACCAAAGAAAAGCACCCCCGUUCCUUACAAUCGGCUUUUAUCAGAGAAAGCCUGGAGUUAUGGCACAGUUCUUCGAAUAUCUGAUUUACCAGAUGAUGGCUAUACAGAUCAUGAUAUUAAAAAAAUUGUCCAGCCCUUUGGAAAAGUCAGUGACAUUUUAGUGCUUCGUUCUAAAAAUGAGGCCUACCUUGAAAUGAAUUAUAAGGAGGCAGUGAUAGCGGCUGUCAAAUUUGGUGAAACAGCUCCAGUUCUGGUUAACAAGAAGCAUGUGAAAAUAGCUGUAGCAGAAAAGCCCAAAGUGUCUCCCAGUCAGAACAAAAAAAGUGAGAAGAGUGAGAAGAGUGUGCAGAAGAAACCUCCUCCAAGCGCAAAGAAAAGCCAAACUAAGCCUGCAGUAAAACCAGACAAAGCAGCUGUUCCAGAGACUGCUGUCACAAAAGCCAGUGACAAGAAGUCCGGAAAAACUCAAAAAGCUGGGAAGUCAAAACCAUCUGGAAGUCAGAAAAAGGUUGUGGAUACCAAGAAGGCUGCCGUGAAACAAAAGAAGCCUGUUGUGGAUACCAAGAAAGUUGUGGAUACCAAGAAGGCUGAGGAUGCCAAAAAACCUUUAAAGAGCAAGAUCGUAGACCCCAAGAAACCAUCCAAAUCCAGCAAGGAAACUGACAAACCUGCACCUGUCCCAGAGAAAACUGAGGCUGUAAAAAGUACAGAAGCAAGUGAAUCGGCCAGCCAGGAUGCAGAGGAGACAUGCGUUGUGGUGGUUUCUAGCCUGCCUGAGGCAGGGCUAAGUCUGGAUGAAAUUUCUAACUUAACCAAGCCUUUUGGAAAAGUGAAGGAUGUCUUAAUUGUGUCUUCGCAUAAGAAGGCAUACAUAGAAAUAAGUCGUAAAUCAGCAGACUCCAUGGUGAAAUUUUACACCUGUUUCCCAAUGUGGGUGGAGAAGAACCAGCUGUGCAUUACCUUGGCUCCUGAAUUCAAGGACCUGAAAAAUGAGGAGGCUAUUUUUAUUACUAUGAUUAAAGAUUCCAAUCCAAAGGUGAAUACAGAAAGUCUACAUACACAGUUUGUGCACCUAGGCAACUUACCAGACAAGGGAUACUCGGAGCUUGAAAUCCUUUGUGUUGGCCUUCGAUUCGGACGAGUAGAUCACUACAUGGUGAUAACAAACAAGAAUAAGGCAAUCCUUCAGCUGGACAGUGCUGAGUCAGCUGCUUCCAUGUGCCGCUUCCUGAAAAGGUAUCCUUACUGUUUGGGAGAGUCACAGUUAACGUUCUCACGAUCACCAAAGGUUGAGCCUUUGCCAGCUGAAGUUGUAAAGAAAGAGGUGAAAAAGCAAGAACCAGGCCAAGAGAGCCCUGAGUUGAAAUCAAUUCCCGAAGGAUCAGGAGUGGCGGACCCAUCUGUCGUUCCUUCGCCAAAGCCCGUUGAGGCCAAGGAAGAAUCCACUUGCGACCUGAAGGCUGAGAUUCCAGAAGCCAAGAGUGAACACUCAGGCAUUGAACGAAUUGCGUGUGAAGCAGUUUCAGAACCAUUGAAGACUGAAAUGCCAGAAGAAAACACUGGAACUGGAGCAGCAGACACACCUGAUCUACCAGUUAAUUUGCUGUCAUCUGAAGUAAAGUCUGAAGAAGUCCUUGCUUUACCAUCCGUCACAGAGAAGGAAGAAAAGAUCACAGCAGACUCUAAUGCUGAGUUGCAGGGAACUGCAGCCACAUCUGCAGGAGAGAACACAAGUGAAGAAUUAGCCACACCUGUUGGCAAACCAUCAGAAGAAUUAUCAAGUGCGGCUCAGAAGGAAAGCAUUGGGGCAGGCUCUCCUGUGACGGUGGAAGGAGAAACUACCCAUGCUGGUGGUCUUGAGACAGUUCCACUGGUAUCUACUGAAACUCCUGCAGAGGAACUGUCAGGUGGUGACCAGCUAUCAGAAAACAAGGUGAUAACUAAAGAAGCAGAAAGUACUGAAGCAUCAAUAGAUUCAUCAGAAACUGCUGUCGCUGAGGGUGAAACAGUGCUAGACAAGGAAUCUGAGAACAAUUUUUCUACAACUGAACAGCCCAUGGAGGUGGAAUCUGGCGCAGUCGUGGUGGAAAUGAAGGAAGACACAAAGGAGAAGCUUGAAUUACAGUUGGCCAAGGCAGAAGCAACUGUAGACAAGCAAACCGAAGAUCUGGCAUCAAAUAAUGAAACUGUGAAGGAGGAGAAACCUGAAAAGAAUGUGAAAGAAGAGAGUCCAGAACAAGUUCUGCCCAAGGGAGAGCUGAGCAAAGGGCCAGGACAAACUGAAACGGAUGAAUCUUGUAAACCUACUAUGCUCACAGCAGAAUCGGGACCCAGCGUGGAAGCUACCUCUGCUUGUAAAACUAUCCUAAAGUCUGUGAUCUCUGUACCAAAUGUAACAAGGACAAGAGCUUCAACACGAAGAAAAGAUGAACAGAAGCCUGCCGUAAAGCCAGGGACCAGGAACCAAGCAACUGCUGAGAAGAAACUGGUGUCAAAAAAAACAAGUCAGGAAAGGUCUACAAACAGCAGAUCAGAUUUGCCGGAUAGCAGUAAAUCUAAGCUGAGCACAAGUUCUGUUGUAACUGUUGUUCAGUUAGGGAAUGGGAAGACUUCUUCGCAGCAAGAGAAGGAUGCCCAGGUGGAAACUAAGGGCAUCCCCAAGCAGACCCGAGAGCGAGAGAAUAGAUCCUCCAGCCUGAAGCGAGACAGCAGCAGCAAUAAGGUAUCUACGGGAAGAAAUACUAGAAGUUCAAAAAGCAUCACAAAGCCCAAAGAGGAAGAAGAGCUUUCUCCGUUUAAUUUGGAUGAGUUUGUCACAAUGGAUGAAGUUACAGAUGAAGUGGAGUCUCCGUCUCAGCCUAGGAGAAACCCUGUGAGAGGCAAAAGGAAAGAUCUGACAAGGAAGAAUCCCUCUUAUGAACCCAGUUCUAAGAGAAAGAAGGACAAAGACUCUGAAGCCCGUGUGGUUGAGAGUGAGGUCUCCUUUGUCACGCUGGAUGAAAUUGGUGAAGACGAGGGUGAGAUGGUCCAGGAAGAACCAUCUUUGGAAACCAUGCCUGAUCCUCAGGCAUUGGUCACUGUGGAUGAAGUGAAUGAGGAAGAAGAGCUGAUUGAUGAAGUGAUCAGAGAUCCUCAGUCACUUGUUACUUUGGAUGAGAUAUCUGAACAGGACGACCUGAUGGUCCAUGAGGCUGUUAAGGAUGCCUUUGUGUCAGAAUCUAGCGAGCCUGAUCUUAAAGCAGAGCCUUUAGUAACUGUGGAUGAAAUUGGAGAGGUGGAAGUGCUCCCUUUAAAUGAGCCUUCCGAUUUCAAGGAUGAUGAGAUCUUAAAACCUGGGGAACAUGAGAAACAGGUUGUAGAAGAUCCAGUGGAUUUCCUGUCUUCCCAGAUGCCGGAAGAUCCCAGCACUCUUGUGACAGUGGAUGAGAUCCACGAAGAUAGUGACGACCAACCAUUAGUGACUUUGGAUGAAGUGACAGAAGAUGAUGAAGACUACCUGGAUGAUUUCAAUCGCUUGAAGGAGGAACUUAACUUUGUUACAGUCGAUGAAGUUGGCACUGAAGAUGAGGAAGAGGAAACAGAUGACAUCUCUAGUGACAGAAAUGUAGAAGAGUCAGUUUCCCAAACAGUUCCAGAAGAAGAAGAGACUGAAGUACCAGUUGAUGAACCAGCAAGAGACAUGGAGUCUUGUCCCACAUUGAAAGAAAACAGAAUUCAAGAUGGUGGCCUUUUAGAAGCGCAUGGUGAAGAGGCAGUGCAUGGUCCAGAUAAACCGCUUGAAGGAAAAGAGGCAUCUGAGGUUCCAACAGAAGAUCCUGAAAAAGAGAGCCUUGCUGUAGAGGCUGCAGAUAUAGAGAGGCAGGAAACCACUUUCAUAGAAAAAGGAAAGGAUGAAGGGGGAGAAGAUCUGGAGAAGACAAGCAAGAUGCUUGAAGCAGACACAAGUUCUGAGCAGCCAUUGGCAGAGGUGGAGAGCCAUGAAGAGAGUGCCAUACCUGAAGCAGCUGAAAUGGAAGUUGAGGGAAGCUCAGUAUCCACUCAGGAGGAGGAGAAAACAGGAAAGGGCGUGCAGACAUCUUCCCCAGACCUGUGUGUUUCCAUGGAAGACAGUAAAACAACCGUCGCUGAAGAACCGGAUGCAAGAGCUGAAUUGCCCCCUCAGAAUCCUGACCAGCUUCCUGAAGCCACUUUGGAAAGCAGCAGUGAAACACCACCAGCUCAGACCUCUGAAAAGCCUGAGAGAGAUUUGACUGAAUCGGGAGGUGAAGAGCCAGAGGCUAAACGGAGAAAAGUAGAUUCUUCGGAGAAGCCCAAGCCCACAAGCCAGCUGAAAGGUUUAGACUUCCUUGUUCCAAAGGCUGGCUUUUUCUGUCAAAUCUGUACCUGUUUCUGUGUGGAUGAAGCAUCUAUGAAAACACAUUGUCAGUCUGAGGCUCACCAGAAAAAUAUGGAGAAAUUCAUGAAGAGUGAAGCUGUGGAGGAGGAGAAGAAAGAAGGUGAAGAAGAAGCUGGAAAGCAGAGUUCUGUGUGACUCUGGGAGGGGAAGAGCCUCUCCAGAUACUCUUUAGGGUCCAGUCAGUUCCAUGUUUUAAUUUUGUACCUUUUGCAGGCUGUUGUGUUGUAUACACUUUUGUUCCUUACAGAUGAAAACAUACAAAUUGUGUGAGAUGAAUUUCGGUUGCUCUUUGCAAUGAUGCUGGAAGUGUUUUAAGUAAAUGUUCUUAUUGUAUAGUCUA